AUGUCGCGAACAAACAUGCCCAUGAGCAUUGAUGCCAUGCUCGACAUGGAGCGCGAGGAGGUUCUCGCUCUGCUCGAGAGUAAGAACUCGGGCAGUGCUGGAGACUCGAUGCGAUCGAGUUCCCCGUACGCCAAUCCCCCUCGCUCUCCUGUCCGGAGUAUGCUAGAUGUCGGCGACGACGAUGCCCCCUCCGCACAUGGACGUACGAGCCCGGCGCCGCAACCUCCCGUACGAAGCAUGCUCGACGUUGACUGCCCGCUCCCCCCUGCCCCGCCCAUUCGCAGCAUGCUCGACGUCGGAGGCCCUGCUGCCCUGCGACCCAGCUCCCAGACGCGAGCGCCUUAUAACAGGAGCAUGCCUAGUUCGCCAACCAUGGCCACAUCGUCGAUUUACAAGGGCUCCUCGCAGCCUUCUGGCUCUAGACUGCAUCCGCGAAGCUCUUCUGAUGCCGCAUUCAAGCCUGCAGAAUUUGGGCCGAGAAAGUCGUUGGGAAGUAAUGACCGCGUUUCAGAGUAUCAGUUUUCCGGCAUGCUGCCCAGCAGCGCCUCGGGUAACCUCCCAGGCAAGCGCCCAUCACAGGGCAAACGCACCUCUGGUGGCAGCUCGCUGGUUGAAGCUCUGCGAGGUUACGAUUUCAGCGGCCUCCAACUUCCGAGUCGUGCUAGAAACUCAUCGGCAAGUCGUCCUGGAUAUCACCAGUCCAAGUCCCCUCACAGCCGCUGGACCGACCGAUCCAAGUCACCUGCGCCACCCCGCGACCCCAAUCAAGUUAUGUUGGGUGACGGACGGAUUGUGGACAUGAACAACGCAUAUAGAAGACUCUCAGACGCCAAUCUAGCCUUUUCCUCUGGCAGCCUCUCCCAGCUCCCAAUGCGGAAACGAUCCGACGAUGCAGGAGCCGGGCGCCUGGUCAAGGACUAUCUCGGCCCCGAUGGUGAACACCUCGAAUCCAGUGACGACGAUGAGCAGGUGUCAUCAGAUGACGAGGAUCGUGGCCGUAAGAAGGCUCCACGCUCCCUGAAUCCUGAUGCAAAGGGCGAAACCGACGACGAAGAGUCUCGCUCUGGCUCCGGUGGAAGCAAACGCGCCCCUCUGAGUUUACUCGCUGCGGCCGACGAGGACCGCUCCAACAUUGCAUCGAAGCAAAGUUACCAAUAUAGAUCUCUGUUGGAGCCGGAAAUCAAGGUUACCAACACGUCUGGGGAGACAGUCAAGGCUAGCAAGGCGGGCGUGCACCCUCACACCAGCUACGAUCACAACCCGAACUCGGCAACGCAGUCCGUGAUAGAUUCGGACGAGGAGGCGGACGUGGACGACAUUAAGCGAGCACAGAAGCUGUCAUUCACCAUGACUAAUGUUCUACACAACGCCGAGGCGCAUAGAUCCAUUCGCAUCAUCUACCGUGGUGAGUACCACAAGAUUGCACAGACUGCUGAGGAUGAACACCGCCGAAUGCGCAAGUACCUAGUGGCGACGGAUUUGAGCGACGAGUCGACGCACGCGCUGGAGUGGGCGAUUGGAACGGUGAUUCGCGACGGCGACACGCUGAUUGCGAUUUACUGCGUGGACGAGGAGACGGGGGUGACGGGCGAGGGGUCUCAAGUGCCCGAUGACGCGGCGGCGAUGAAGGAGCAGGCAGCGGCCAUCAACACGGUGGCCAACACACGAAUGACGCCGGCGCCACUCAGCCCGGUGACGGAGUUUAGGAAGCUGCACCGGCGCGACGACUCAUCGGGUACGACUGGCAGCUCGCCAGCGCCGGUGGCGCGCGGGGAUCGGACCAAGACGGAGGAGGAGCGGGAGCGGGCGAUUCAGGGCAUGACGGAGAAGAUUUUGCGGUUGCUCCGCAAGACGAAGUUGCAGGUGCGGGUGAUUGUCGAGGUGUUGCACUGCAAGAACCCGCGGCACCUGAUUACCGAGGUGAUUGACCUGGUGAAUCCGACGCUUGUGGUGAUAGGCAGCCGCGGCAGAAGUGCACUCAAAGGUGUCAUCUUGGGUUCGUUUUCCAACUAUUUGGUGACCAAGAGCUCGGUACCCGUCAUGGUUGCUAGAAAACGACUACGCAAACAGAGCAAGUAUAAGCAAAAAGCGAUUCGGCAGGUCAACAACCUGAGCAACCCGGCAGCACGAAGCCUCGCAAGCGCCAAGAUUGACUAG